AUGGAGCUGUCUGCUGUAGCCAAGAACAAAUCGUCGAGUCUGCUAGCUCCAGGUUUCCGUUUCCACCCGACGGAUGAGGAGUUGGUGCGCUACUAUCUCAGAAGAAAGGUCUGCGGCAAGGGUUUUCGAUUUGAUGCAAUUACUGAUGUCGAUAUCUACAAGGUCGAGCCUUGGGAUCUGCCGGGUUUCUCGAAGCUGAGGACUAGAGAUCUGGAGUGGUACUUCUUCAGUGUGCUGGACAAGAAGUAUGGUAAUGGAGCAAGGACCAAUCGAGCUACUGAAAAAGGAUAUUGGAAGACCACUGGAAAAGACAGGGCUGUCUACCAUAAAUCACAAAUUGUUGGAAUGAAGAAAACACUUGUUUAUCAUAUUGGCCGUGCCCCUAAGGGGCAAAGGACUAACUGGGUUAUGCAUGAGUACAAACUUGCUGACCUGGAGCUGGAGAGAGCUGGGAUCGUUCAGGAUGCAUUCGUGCUUUGCCGAAUCUUUCAGAAGAGUGGUUCUGGGCCAAAGAACGGUGAAAAGUAUGGAGCACCUUUUAUGGACGAGGAGUGGGAGGAUGAUGAAUUGGAAUUUGUUCCAAAAGCUGAGAUUGCAGAAGAAGUUGACUUUGGUGGUGAUGCUUAUUUGGAUGGCGAUGAUCUUGAGCAGAUUCUUGGAUCAACAGAUCUUCCAUCUGAUGUUUCUCCUCCAUUAAAUCCCCAAUCUGCCUACAGCAAACUUGACGAGCAGACUGCAGAGUCUGUUGAUGACACCCCAAAGCUAUUGCAAGCUGCUGGUGAAGAAUAUGGUGAACUUGAGCAACAGCAUGAGGAUGAGAACUUGUAUGAUCCACAUGCCCCACAUGAAAUGGUUGUAAGGGCAGUUAAGCACGAAUAUAUUGGAGAAUCCAGCAAAUCUCAGGAGCCAUCUGAUGAUUUGGAUUACUUACUUGAUGAACCAUUUGUUGAUGCUCCGGAUGGGCUUCCUCACGGCAAUGGAGGACUUUUUCAAGCUGAUGAUCUUACAAAUCCCGUUGACAAUAAUACCUCCGCAUUUGAUAUGCUUGAUGAGUACCUUACAUUCUUUGAUGCAAAUGAGAACAGUGUGGAGCCGUUUGCAUUUGAUCCUUCACUGAUGUGGGGAACGGAGGAUCUUGUUUCUGAUCAGGCACUGGUUGCUACAGAGGAUCUGAACGAUUGGACUGAUCAGUCAAGUGUGCAUAAGGGGCAACUUAUUAAGGAUGGCAUCGAUGCUGAGUUGCCAUCUGAUAAGCUGGAUUCUGCCAAAUAUGAUUCAGAUGCACAGUAUCCUUUAUUCAAGAAGGCAAGCCAUAUGCUGGGUAGCAUUCCAGCCCCGCCGGCCUUUGCUGCUGAAUUCCCGUCAAAAGAUGCGGUGCUUCGCCUCGAUUCCUUAUCCCAACCGUCCAGUUCAGUUCAUGUCACUGCUGGCAUGAUUCAGAUAAGUAAUUUGAACACUGAUGGCAGCCAAUCACUGGGCAAGCCCCAGAACUUCAACAUUGUUCUCUCAUUUGGCUUUUCACAAAGGGAUGAUGGUUCCGCUAGCCUGGAAUCCAGUCUGAGCAUACUUCAAGGGAAAACUGCAAUGGAAAUCUCCAGGAGAUGGCUAUGCAUACUGGCUACUGAUGCUGGUUUGACAUUAUGGUCAUGGCCCACCGGAGGUCUGGCCCCCAAGAGGGGAAAGUUGACGGUUACGACCGUCAACAAGUAUAUCAUCCAUAUCUAA